AUGUUAAUUUUGUUCAGAGUGUUAAUUAAAAAUGGGCGUGUGCUAUUAAAUAACAGUGAUGUUUCAUUAAUUGGUGAGCAGUUGUCAAAACAACGUAUCCCUCAUAACAUAAAUAUUCGUGUCGACUUGUCGCUACGUAAAGCAAACCAGUGGAAAGCCACACAUGGUCGUCAGUUUGUUCUGUACACAGGUCUUUCAAUAUUAAUUAAUAUAUUAUCAAAGUCGCAUCUUUUUCAUUUCGCCGCUUACGUAGUAGCCAUUAAACUUCUUCAUGCACCUGAAAAUGGAGAAGAAAUCAAUUUAGCCGAAAAAUUAUCAAAAUUUUAUUGGGAAUCAUCACCACUCAUUUAUGCAUCAGCUGUAGAAUUAUAUAGUUUGCAUAGCCAUCUACAUUUAGCUGAUCAAGUUCGACAUCAUGACGGUUUAUCGUAUUCCUCCGCUUAUGCAUUCGAAUCAUGUAUUAGAUACACAAAAAGGAAGCGCAUGACACUCGAAAUUUAG